AUGCGUCACUGCCUUCUCCUCCUCCUCCUCUCCCAUUUCAUCGCUGCUGACCAACUCUGGCUCUCCGGUGGCUGGGGUCCCAUCGGAGAUCUCAACAAACCCUAUCUGAAAGAGAUCGCGGAGUUUGCAGUUUCUGAAAUCAGCAAACAAUCCCGCAAGAAGUUGGUAUUCCAGAGCGUUCUCAAGGGUGAGCGUCAAGUAGUACGAGGAUUCAAUUAUCUUCUUGACAUUGAGGUCAAGGAUGAGUCGUCGCCCCAUUCCUCUAGUACUGUCAUAUAUAAAUGUUCUGUCUUCAGUGGUAUCUUAGACGAGGGGAUGAAAUUCAAGGGUUGUGAGAUCCUUUCUGGUAGGGUGGAUGUCAAUUUCUAG